GUUUAGUUGUUCUUUAAAGCGCGUAACACCAGCACGAGUAUUGUGCAAAUAACUUAAUAACAUUGACUUAAAAAAUGUCGCAGGCCAAUAAUAGCUCAUUGUCGCUGUCUGUGCAGCAAUUGCUGAACAGCAUCAACCACCUGCUCAUAUUUUUGGUGGCCUGCUUCUUUUUUGUGUUGGCGCGUAGUCUGGAUUUCAAGGAUACGGCUAUGCAUAUGUUUAUGGUCGGCAUCGGUUUCCACGUACUUGUGGCCGAGGCGCUGAUGUCACAUUAUAAAUUGAAUCCUAUAACACGUUUUUUGUCGCAUCGCAAUAAAUCGCGAUAUCACGGCAUUCUGCAGUUGCUGGGUGGUUCGAUGGUCUUGUUGGGCUCGUUGGGCAAAAUCUCACAAAAGGAGCAGCACUUUACCACUUGGCAUGGCAAAAUAGGUCUGGCUGCCACUUUUGGCUGUGCUGCCAGCGUGCUAGGCGGUAUCUUGAAUUUCCUACAACCAAAGUUUAUUCUGAAAGUCUUUCCCCCUUCGGAGUUACGCUUUCGGCAUAAUUUGUUUGGUCUGCUCACCUUUACACUGGGCAUGGCAGCUAUCUACUUGGGAUACUACUCUAAGUUCUUCACCCGCUUUGUCGACCAUCAAUUUAUACCUGCCAUGAUGCUUGUCACUGUACUUGUCUAUUUGUUGACCAUAAUUGCGCCGGUACGUUCGCUUUUAAGCAAGCUUAAGUAUAGGCGGCAAAAGCAAAACCACCAGCAGGAAACGGCAGCUAAAUAAAAUUCUACCUCAAGGCUGAGUUAAGAGGAUACGAACUGAGUUGAAGGUGCAAUAUAAUAAAAACUGGCCGCCAAGUACAAACUUACUGUAAAGAAAGAAACCAAUUUAAGUUGAUAAAUUCUUAUGCUUGGCGUUGUGCCAAGAAAUCUGUGACUGCAUCUAAAUUUGUAUACAGUCAUUGUGCCAUACGAAGUAGUGCAGACAAUAAAAGCAUUCUUAUUAUUACAAUGGCCAUUUGUCAAAAUUAUAAUGAUAAACUAAGUCAGUGUCAGCCUAAAGAAUGGAGAAUGCUGCUUGCAGUUAUUUAAAGGUGGUAUGCGCAUUUUAUUGUCCUAAAUAUGUGUAGAUAAUACAAAACUAAAAUUACUUCUUACAACUAUACACAUGUACAUAUGUAUGUAUAUUUUUUUAUGUAUAUGUAUGUAAAUACAACACUGAAUAUAAACCCCCUGAGAUUUA